CUACAACUUUGGAGAACAAACUGCUUUUCGAGAUUCCUACAUUGGAGAUUUAUCUACCUACAAGAGACCAUACAAAAAAUCCUACUAAGGCCAUUUCUCAUCUCUUUUUUCCAUUCAAGACUGAAAAGGAAAAUGAGACCCAGAAGAGUCUGUCCUGAAAAGGAAGCUUUGAAAUUCAUCGCAUCUGGGAAAGAUAAAGACAUAUUUCAGAAAAAAAUUAUGAGUCAAGAGAAAGGUUAUGGAGUAAUAGCCAGCAGAAACAUUGAGGCAGGAGAAUUCCUGCUUGAGUAUGCUGGAAGACACAUGACUGGAUCUGAAGGAGAUGCUCUGUUCAGAGAGUACUCGGCUGAGGAUGCUGUAUUUCUCUAUUUCUACUCCUUCCAGGGACAUUUCUACUGUGUUGAUGGCAGUAAAAACACAGAAAGAUUUGGAAGAUUUAUAAAUGAGGAUCACAUCAAGCCAAACAGCAAAAUCAAAAUCAUUGUUGAUGAACAGAAAAGAGCACAUUUGUGUGCAUUUGCGACCACAAAAAUCACUGCAGGAGAAGAAAUUAUGUUCGACUGCAGAAAUCCUGACUUCCCAUGGAGACAGAAAACCAGUACUUCCCUGUGCAGAGAGAUCAAGGAAUCCCGAUGGAAGGAUUCAUUUGAAAACCUUGACCUAAAGCCUGGCAUGAUGAAACUUGAUGACCUUGUUAUCAACACAGAAACAAAGAUUGCUGAUGGAUGCAAGGCUGCUGAGAUUUUCCCAGGACUCUUUCACAACUGCAAAGUUGCAGUGAAACGAGUUGCCAAACAUAUUUACAAAAAUGAAAUGGAAAUGGCUAAUUUCCUGUGUUCAGAAAAUUUUAAAGCAGAACAUCUUUUGAAACCCGUUGUGGUGUUGGAAGACACGUACUUUGCCUAUUUCGUCUCUCCUCUUUGUGAAUACAAUCUAAUGGAGCUGAUUGAAAACAAGGAUUUUCCUGAAAGAGAAGUGCUAACAGAGCUUCGAAGACUGGAGAUCUGUCAGGAGUUAUUGCAAGGACUUCAGGAACUGCAUUCUUGUGGAAUUUUGCACAGAGGCCUGAAGCCUGAAAACAUUUUGUUUGAUAUCAACAAUAAAAUGUACUUAGCAGAAGCAGGAGUAAGCAGAAAACUGCAUCUGACACAAACAACACUUUCUUGGUUAAGUUAUGAAGAUGUUGGGGGCGUGCAGUACAAAUACAAGAGAGAAUCAGAUAUCCAGGUAGCAGGAUGCUUGGUCCAUUACAUCCUGACGGAUGGGCAACACCCUUAUCAGACAACUACACCCUACGCCAACGAUCCACUUGGUGUAUCUCUAAAUGUCAGAAUGGGUAACUUUAGUCUUCAAUGUGAUGAAAGACAAAACAAUAUCUUAAGCAGAAUGCUGAGCAAAUCAAUGGAAGAGCGUCCUACUAUUGAGGAAUGCCUCCAGGAAGUCAAAAGUUUCGAUCGCCAGUCUGAUCAAAUUGGAAGCACAAACAGCUACAGCAACAAGAAUGGAAAUAAAGACAGAGCCCAUACAGAGAAUUGCUUUCCUCAAGCACAAGAUGAGAUGGACAUCCCAGAGAAUCUGUGCAGUGAUGUGACAGAUUCAUAUUCCCACACUAAAGAGGAAUUGUCUGCAUGUGAAAUGAGCAACACAGAACAACUGGUAUACCCUUUCCUGGAAAUGUCAGAGGAAGCAGGAGACAAAGAAGAAGAAGAAAUCAAAACAAAACAGGCACAAGGGAAAGUAGCAGAAGAAAUAGCCAUCCAAGGAAAACCGCUUACAAAGGCUUGGAUGGAAAUGGAUGAAUGUGCCCAAGGCUGUGCAUCUCAACAACUAAAUAUGAUCAAAGUGAAAGUCUCCUCAAACACACCAUAUCAACGCAUCUAUGACAAAAAGAAUUUCUGUAUUUACUGUGAGAAGCCUUAUGCAAAAAUCACAAGACAUCUGAUACAGAAACAUUCUAGAGAGGUUGAAGUUGCAAAGGCACUGUUAUUUAAGCAAGGCUCAACCAAGCGUAAUCUUUUUUUAACAAAAGUAAGGAACAUGGGAAAUUACCACCAUAAUAGUUCAGUCCUAUCCUCAGGAAAAGGGGAGAUCAUUCCAAAAAGACAAGCAACAUUUGUGUCAACAGCAACUGACUACGUGGCUUGCAAGUUUUGCUUUGCUAUGUAUAUUAAAACAGCCCUCUGGAGACACCAUAAGCGUUGCAAAUUACAAGUAAAAGACAAUACUCCAGUGAUUCGGAAGGUUUCGCAGGAGGGCUCUUUUAGAGAGCUUAUGAGAUAUUCUAGGUGACAAACUUGAUAUCACUUGGAAAACCAUUUCUGUUGUCAGGAGUGCAGCAGAAGAAGUGACAAACCAUCAGUUUAGGAGUGUGGACUUUAAACAAAGUUUCAUUCAAAAUGCUAUAGUUAAGUUUCUUUUUCAUGUUUGUUUUUUUUAAGAAAUUCUUUUCAAUGCAGCAAGUCAGAUUUUACAUUUACAUUUAGCAUAUUCUGCCUAUUUCUGAAUGUAAUGUCAAUGUUGGUAAUAAAAAUGGAGCUCCUAAAUUAAGUGCUGCUCUGAAAAAUUUAAUUGUGUUAAACGACUUAAGUGCCAUGGUUAAAAGGUGUUUUAUUGACCUCGACUGAAAACUUUUGAUGCAGCAAGUUAACAUAUAAUUGUUGUUUCUUGACCUCCAAAUUUUUUACAAUGUGUCUGUGAUGCAAGAAAAGGUGAUUCAACAGGCGUCGCACGUCACCAUCUAACUGGGGACCAAAGUCAUUUUAUUGCAUUCAUUCGUUUAUAACAAAUGCACUCUUUACUGUCAAAAUUAUUGACAUGCAAUUGUUACCUUAAAGAGCUCUUUCUGCUGGUUUUAACCCCAAAAAAAGUGUGAGCAGGGGUGGAUAAAGGUUGUCAGGGGUCCCUAGGCUGCUCUUUGUGUGAGGCCCCCCUUAAAUUAAUUUAGUGGCAUACAUGGUCCACAAACAAAUAGUAAGGUGACCUGGCAUACACACACACACUGAGACAGCCA